AUGCUAUGCGGUUUAAAAGAAGACUUCACUGCAAAUCGUCCGUGUCGGGAUUGUAUGGCAACCCUUCAACAGGUCCGUCAAAUGACACAAGAAGAUGAAAGCUUGUUGAGAACUCCUGAACAACACGAGGAACAAGUUGCUGAAAUAGAAGAAGCUGAAGGAAGAGAAAAAGAACAGCUUUUUAAAGUCGACCCAACGCGGAGUGCUCCUCAUGAUAUUGUUCAUGACCAUUUGCUCGGAGAUCUUAUACUGACUUUACAACUUUUAAUGCAAAAAGUUGUACUCAAGAAAUUACCUUUAAGUGUAAUUAACGACAGAAUUCAGAACUUUGAUUACGGAUACAAUGAACUGUCAUCCAAACCAUCAACAAUUAAAUCUCAGCAUCUUGUUCCUGGCAAUAACAUGCAUCAAAAUGCGAGUCAAAUGUUUUUAUUGGCUUUUAUCAUACCAUUUGUAGUGCAGGAUGUCAUUGAGGAAAAUUGUCCGUAUUUUGAGAAUUAUUCACAGUUAUUGGAAAUAAUUUCAAUUAUAUUUGGAACUUCGAUCAGUACAGGAAUGCUCGAUUACUUAAUGGAUAUAACGGAAGAAUAUUUAGAAUCCUUCAGAGAUCUAUAUAAAGAAGUUAACGUUGAAGACAAUGUUUCUCUUUUGAGAAAUUUAAUCCCGAAGCAACAUUACUCCUUACAUCAUCCUCGAAAUGUGAAGGACUUUGGCCCACUUGUCGCAUUCUGGUGUAUGCGUAUGGAAGCCAAACAUCAAUUUUUCAAAAGAAUAGUGCAAACUAUGCGUAACUACAAAAAUCUGCCUUUUACAUUGUCGGAGCGUCAUCAAUUGUAUCAAGCAUGGAUUUUUCAAUUGCCUCUUUUGAAAAGGAUUACUCACGGACCAAGAAGAUUAACUUCUAUUCACAGAGUAGACUUUGACGAAAUGUUUCCAAAUGAUUUAGCAUUGGAAAUAGUUCCUUGGAUCAAUUAUGAUGGGACAAAAUACGUUUUCAAUAAAUGUUACAUUCCAGUGGACUAUAGUUCAGAAUACCUUCCUGUUUUUGCGGAAUUAAUUGCAAUUGUCUUGACUGAUGCAUUACCCAUUUUUGUCUGCAAAAAAGUUUCUACUGUUUGUCACAAUUUAAGACUAAUGUCUUAUGAAAUAGAAAGAUCCGAAAUUUAUGCAUGUUACACACCUGAAAACAUUAUUGGACAUAAUGUCUACCACAGCCACAAAUCGGAAGGAAAGAAUUUUAUAUUUAUUAAACAAUGUGUCGAAGUUGAUGACGUAGCUGGUCAGGUCUUAGCAGAAAAUGAUUUAAGUGAACCAGAUUCACAUAUUACAGAGUCAGAAUCAGUUGAUCAGCAAUCGUUGCCUAGUAAAUCGCUACUUUCCAAGAAAUCUUCUGAACACUUGGAGUUAUCUGACGAUUCUUUAUCCUCAUUUGAAGAAUCAUCUUCCCGAUCACCACAGAAAAAUACUAAAGCACCACUAGUAGAAUCGAAAAAUUGA